CUCUGCAGAGCCCCCAGGACAUCCAGGUGCACGCUGUGAACACGAAUUUCACCUUGAGGUGGAACCACCCCGGGGGUGACCCUGGGGUGACAUUUUCAGCAGAGUACAAGUGGUCAGAGGGCAGUGGAGCAGAGUGGCAGGAGCUGCCUGGGUGUGGAAAUGUCUCUGGCCCAGAGUGUGACUUCUCCUCAGCCGUCACUGAGUUCUACGACACCCACUUUGUGCGGGUCAGGGCUCAGAGAGGGGAACAAGUGUCCCCCUGGUCCAGGGUCCUGGAGAUGGUUCCAGAGCACGAAGCUCAGAUUGGUCCACCAGGAAUAGAGUUGCAGCCCGCAAAUGGAGACAUAAAAAUCAGGGUUUCUCCUCCAGAAGCAAAUCAGGGCAAAAAAAUGUGGCUAAAUGACCUAAGCUUUAAAUAUAAUCUCGUUUUCUGGGAAAAUUCAUCAAGUUCUCAGGUAUGUGGGAACAUCCCUGGCACUCGGUGCAACGUCUCCUCUGUCAUCACCACCACGGGGUUUUAUUAUCUCCGUGUGCAGGCCAGGGCUGGGCACAACAAAUCCUGUCUGUCCACUGAGGUCAAAGUGGAUCCUCUGAAAACCAAUGAAAUUGGCCCUCCUGGGGUAAAGCUGGACAUCAGUGACACUUUGCUCCAUAUCCAGAUUUCUCCUCCGGGGGGACCCGAGGGUGAAACCAUGAGGAACAAUUAUGUCCUGUCCUACCGGAUUCUCUACUGGAAGAAUUCAUCAAAUGAUGAGCAGGAGGCCAAAGCGAAGGAGACAAAACAAACGGUGGCGACAAUCCCCGACCUGGAGCCCCAGAGCUGGUACUGUGUGAAAGCCCAGGCCUUGUCGGAGGCUUACAACAAGAGCAGUGUUUACAGCCAGGAGGAGUGCAUCCAGACCCCUGCAGAGAAAGCUUUCCCCCUGAUCAUUUUAGCCACGUUCAUGGCUGCCCUGUUUGCUGUCCUGCUCGUGGCCCUGCCCCUGGUGUUUGUGCUCUACCAGGCCUACAGCAAAAUCAAGUAUGUGUUCUUCCCAUCCUGCCAACCUCCGCUGAACAUCGAGGGGUUUGGAGGAGAGCUCUGCACCAGCCCUUAUCUGUCAACUCCAGAAGAACCAAUAGAGAAUUAUUCUAUAAUUGACUCUAUGAUCACAAAUGAAGGAAAUCAGAUCGACUGCAAAGGCUACAAACAUUCCAAACAGAGCAGUCGGGACUCAGGGAAUUACUCCAACGACGACAACACGUCAGGGAGCAAAGGCUCGGCAGAAACUCUGGAAAAGGAGAUAGUGUAACCCUGAGGACAAUAAAAUUCCUCUGUGGGGCUGGCACUUUGAUAAAACCUCUUCAUGAGGAAGACACUGUGACUGUCGGGCUCGUUGCCUUUGGGUUUCCAGAUCUGCACUUUGUUGGUUGGUUGGAAUCACCGCGAGUCACACGAUGGACUCAUCGUCCCUUGCACUGAUGUGGGGAAACAUCCACCUUCUGCGUGGAUCUGGACACUCUCUGUACUUGAAGCUGAUGAUCAGCAGAGCCCUCGUGUCCCACAGGAGGGUUUGUGUCUCUCUGUCUCUCACAGAGGGUUGUGUCGAGCCCGGCGCGUGCCAGGCCGUCGCCGCCGCUCCCGGCGUUGACUCUCCCAAAUGUUUACACAGGCAGGAGGAAAUCCAUGCUGGAUACAAUCCUAAGGACUUCUUGGACAUUCUCUUCCAGCCCCUCAGGGGCAGUGCUUGUUGGUUCAGCAGGUCCAGAACGAAGUGCCAAGACACCAAAGGUUGAGUCAGUGAAGGGCUUCUGGGGCUCCGUGUGGGAUUCCCACUUCCUUGUCCAUGUCCAUGUAUCCUACUCCCCGUUCCUGGAAGUGCCCAAGGCCGGGUGGGACGUUGCUCUGAGCAGCCUGGGCUGGUGGAAGGUGUCCCAGCCCAUGGCAGG